UGGCUGAGCCCACAUUGCAGCGAUAGAGGCAAAGUAGGACCGUAGCAGCAGACAGAGCUGCAGAAAUAAAGCUUUCAUCUAGGAACAGCUGAGAAUUAGAAGACCAUAAUGGAUCUAAAGGAACAGAUCAGUCAGCUAGAAGCAGAUUUGCAGGAGUUAAGCUCUCUUCUGGAAAAAGCGGAAAGGAAAAGGGUCCAGGAUCUGUUGAAGCAGGAACAGAAAAAGGUGGAGAAAGAACUUGUAAGCAAGCGACAGCAGCAAGAGCAGCAGGCCAGGAGAGAGGCAGAACCAUCUACAGCAUCCAAAGCAGCGUACACUGUAAAGAUCACCAGCUAUGCAUGGGAUCAGUCUGAGAAAUUUGUGAAAAUUUACCUCGAUUUGAAAGAAGUGCACAAAAUAUCGGCAGAAAAUGUAGAUGUAUCCUUUACAGAGAGGUCAUUUUCUGUGCUGAUAAAGGACCUAAAUGGUAAAAACCACCAGAUGACUGUUCUUAACCUAUUGCAUCCAAUAGAUGAAAAAGACAGUUACAAAAAGGUCAAAACAGAUAUGGUGUUGAUCAUGUUAAAAAAGCAGGCAGCAAAGAAGUGGGAGUGUCUUACAGCAGUGGAGAAACGGUCAAAAGAGAAAGACAAACCUUCCAUGGAUGAGAAUGCAGACCCCAGCGAUGGUCUCAUGAGCAUGUUGAAGAAGAUUUACGACGAGGGAGAUGAUGAUAUGAAGAGAACGAUCAACAAAGCCUGGACAGAGUCUCAAGACAAGAAGAAAAGAGGGGAAGAUAUGAUGGACUUUUAAAUCUACCUGUUUAUUUUUAUACAGUGACCAAAUGAGAGCUUUCAGAGUUCAAGCAUGCAUGACCAAAAUACUAAAAGCUAUCAUUGGAUAAUAUUAUAUGGUCCCUCAAUAAGGUGAUUUUGGUUACGUUCACACUGCAGUCUGAAGUGACCCAAAUUUGAUUUUUUGAUUUUUUUUUUUGCCUAUAUGCGACCUGUAUCGGAUUUUUCAUGCCAGUCUGAACAACAGAUCUAAUUUUUUUUCAAAUGCGACCCAGGCCACUUGGCCAUGUGGUCCUGUAUCCGUUACGUAUCUCAUCUUUUUAAAGGCGACCUGUGUCUUAACGGCCAGGUCGCAUUCAUCUGACCUAAACUUAACUUCCAUAAUACUCAACAAAGGUCACUAUUCUGCGUCUUGCUACGCAGAAGCAAGAAGAAAAAUAACCAUGGUGGAUGAUAAUGUGUAGAGUAGUCUUUUUUUUUUUUUUUUUUACCACAGAGCACGCUCGAUUGUGACGGCAUUGCAUCCUCCACUGUGCGUGCAGGACUCUUUAGCUGUAUGAAUGCAGUUCAUGCAAGAGAUCACAAAAAGUCGCAAAUAUAUUUGAAAAUCUGAACAGCAAAGCAAAAAAAUCGGAUUUAACAAAAAAAAAAAAAAAUUGGAAUUGAGCAUUAAGGCCUGCAGUGUGAACGUAGCCUUAUAUUUGGAACAUAUUGUAAAGAAAAAAGUAAUGUCCAGCAGAUGGCGCCCUCCACGCUGUGAUCAAAAUUGGUGUAGUCCCUUUCCUUUCCAAUGAAGCUCUGUAGUCUAAAAGUGUCUAAUUGUGCCAAAGUCAAAAUACAGUUCUCAUAUGAUAUAAUUCAGAGGGACAACAAUUGAUUAUAUUCAAAAUUUCCUUCCAUAGCUCAUAUGUGCUUCAUGUUUUUGUUACACUCACCACCAUAUUGAAAUAAAAACAAAUAUGUUAUGCCUUCAUCUGAUGUUUAUAUUUUGUUCUUGUUAAGACCAUUUUAUUAGGACUGAAACUAUUGUGUUCACUUCCCCAAGUACAGCUGGUGUGACAUUGUUCUUAUUUUUGUUAAGGUUGAGUUUUUUUUAUUUGUUUUGUUCCUGCUGUAAGAUUUGACACAAAUUUCAACAAUGACAACAUUAAAAUCAC